AUUGAGGCUUCUUAGCACUUCACAAACACCCACCUUAUUCUCAUCACCUAGCAACAGAAGCCUGAUCCUCAAUCAAACUGAAUUAUAGACAAUCAAAGACAGAUCAAAACGGUUGCAGUGAUUGUUAAUGGAGAGCUGGUCGAAUGACAGCCGGGACUGUAGUCAUCACUGGAGGAAUAUUGGCUACGAUUAUCCUUCUUUGUAUAAUAAUCGUGUUGUGUUAUUGCCGCCUGCAGUAUUAUUGCUGUAAGCGAGAGGAAUGGGAUGGAGAUGAGGAGGAGCCUGAUUUUGCAGUGCACUCGCGUCUGCCGGCUGCUUACUACAAUCACAGUGCUGGAAAUGGACUUCACUUUAGUUCUGUAGCCUACUCCCAGGAUCACUUCCAGUCCAGAGCUCUUUGUUCCAACUGCAAGCCACUCUUCUAUGUCCAUCAGAUUGAAGAGAUUCGGAAUGGGGGUGAGAACAUGAGCUACAACUCUGUCAGUGAGGAGGAUUUAGAAAUGCUUACAAACCCCCAGGAACUGCCCUUGGGCAGGGCUAAGUUGGCCAGAGACACUUUUAGCAGAAGUCGAAGUAUCAGCACUGAUGUGUGAAGAGGUUUGUUACUUUGG